AUGGGGGACACGAGCCGAGGUCGACGCGCCCCGAACGCGCGGCCCGCCCGCGGCAACGGCUAUGGCAACCAGUCAGCCAUCGCCGGCACGGGCAUCAAGAGCGGCAUGACCGUCGAGGACCUCAAGCGGCUGACGCAAAAGCGCAUGCAAGAAGCCACAGUGGGCAUCGCGCCAGUGAUUCCCGCCGAGGUUAUAACGCCCAAGGCCAAGCCUACGAUCGCCGUGCCGGUCGUGCCGCCACCAUUUGUGCCGAAAACCGGGAUGACCGUCCAGGAGCUCAAGCAACUGACGACGCUGCGCCUCGCGCAGCAAAGCGUGGGCACGCCAACGCACCAAGCGCAGGCGGCUGCCAACGAAUACAAACCGCCCAUGAACCAAUAUUACGCGCGCAACGUGACGGCGGGCAGUACACCGACCUCGUCGCCGGGCGGGACGCCGAAACGGCAAACGAAUCGCUCGUCGUUCACGUCCGACAUUCCUACGCCCAAGCAAGUUAACAACAGGGCGCCGCCGGUGGCUGCUCCGCGCAAUGGCCAGGCCAAGCGCAUGCCGGACUCCAUGAUGUAUGUCAAUGGCGGCGGUAGUCCCAACCAGCAGCACCACCACCACCAAGCAGCCUAUGCAUCGGCGCCGGCGCCGCAAUACGAAAAGGUACAGUAA